CUAGAGUCACUCGAAUCAAAGUUAAAAAGUUGUGUUUGUGGAAACAAAAAAUAUUGAAAAUGGCGUCUUAUCGCAGUGCUCGCACUCAUGUCGGUUGGUUCACCAAGCUAAGCUUGACAUUGAUUUUGGUAUUGGUUUKGCGACAAAAUGGAACACAAGCACUGAAAUCAUUUGGUCCGUCCAUUAAUUGCGGCCCAAACAGCGUGUAUCCUGAAAGUUGCAAACAUGGCAGUUUCAGCAUAAACUUCAACCCUGACUUCUGCCUUCCACGCACGUUAUGUCGCAAGGGUGUGGGUGAGGUUUGCCGCGAAUAUGGUGGAAGCAGCGAUUGCAAACCGGGCUUGUACUGCAACUGUUACCACCGCUGUAGUGAAAAUCCCGAUAUUUGUCCAUUUUUUGGCAACGGCAUAUUAGAUUUAAAUACGAAGAACUAGAUAAUGCAAAUACAACUUAGAUUUUAGACGCAUAUAUGUGCAUAACGAUUUAGACGGCUCAGCAGCAUUAGUGUGUAUGCAGUAUUUAUACCUAAAGCUAGUUUAUAUAAAAGUUAUAUGAAUAAUGUAAUA